AUGAGACCAAAAGCCAAGGAAACCAUGCUAACGCUUUACAACAAAAUGUGGGAGACCAGUCUCGUACCUAACCAAUGGAAAGUUGCCAUAGUAAUACCAGUAAUAAAAAAGGGCAAAGACCCUAGCAACUUUGAAAAUUAUAGGCCUAUCUCCCUCACAAGCGUGCUGGCUAAACUUAUGGAAAGAAUGGUUAACAGGAGGCUCACCUGGUUUCUUGAGACUAACAAUAUUCUUAGGAGUGAACAAGCAGGUUUUAGGCCACAAAGCUCAUCGAACCAACAAGUAGCCACUUUUUCCCAACACAUGAAAGACGCCCUUGAUGCAAGAAAUACCCUUACGGCUGUUUUCGUCGACUUCAAAUCAGCAUAUGACUUAGAAUGGAAAGAGAAGCUAAUUCUAAAAUUGGCAAAGAUUGCAAUAGACUCUAUUGGAAACAGAGAGACACCUAAAACAGCUGAGAUAAAGGAAUGUAGAAAACUCUAUGAGCUGCUGAGAGAGAAAAACAAAACAGUGGUCCUACAAUGGAUUCCUGGUCACUGUGGCAUUAAAGGCAAUGAGAUUGCUGACACACUUGCUAAGAAGGGGACAAAGAUUUUGCAAUGCAUGGACCGGCCGAUGUCCUUCCACACAAUGAAGGCCUUAAUCAGGAGAGAAUUCCAGACCUCAAGGUCCAACGAACUCAAAGCUCGAACAAAGGAGAAACAGUGGCCAGUGGCACUCUCCGACAUACCCGACUGGCCAAGAAUCGAAACCGUUGCUGAGUUUUAG